AUGACUAUUCCGUUCACGGCCGCCCAAUUCAUGGCAUACGAAUCGACGUCCAAGAUAAUGAACCCGACGAAACGAUAUGAUCCCUUCACCCAUUGUAUCGCUGGUGGUCUGGCGGGUGCUGUUGCCGCCGCUGUUACGACUCCUCUAGAUGUUAUCAAGACUGUCCUACAAACAAGAGGUACAGCGCAGGAUCCUGAGGCAAGAACCGCUAAGGGGUUGUUCAACGCUGCAAAACUCAUAAAGAAUCAGUAUGGCUGGGCCGGAUUCCUCCGUGGAAUGCGCCCAAGAAUAAUUGCCACAAUGCCUAGCACUGCUAUUUGCUGGACUUCUUACGAAAUGGCCAAAGCAUACUUCAAGCGGAUAACUUCCGAAGAAUCCCAUUGA